AUGGAUGUCGACCAGAUGAACAUGCUAUCGCCGGAGCAGGAGAUCGCGCGCCUCGAAGUACGGCUAGCCCAAGACGAACGCGCUGCAGCUAUCCGCGGACGCAUGGAGAGACUGCAGCAGGACAAGAUUGCAUGCAACGCACGACAUGCACAAGAUGCAAUGCCUCCACCAGCCCAACUCUUGUUUACAGCGCAAGAACGCAUCUCCCCGACCCGAAGCAUAAGACAACCGACAGAGAAUGACGAGACUGCACAACGAGCCGUGUGCGCCUUACCAAUGCACUCGGCCGGCGUCGAGAAAGGUGCUCAGAUGACCGCAUCAGCAUGCGCAUAUAGCCGGGAAUUAACCUGCUCGCAGAAUCAGCGGACACGAACCAGAGACAUCGUGCGUCGGGCGACACCAACCAUUAUAUUGGGCCAGUUCAGCGACGAGCAGUAUGCGCAUUUGGGACCAACACCAGGGACGUAG